GGUCUUUGCGUCAGUGCGUCGCCAUUUUCACGAUUGUUGUUAGCAUGUAUGCUGCGGGAGCUAGGCUACACAGCAUUUAUUUACCUAAAUCUAUACUUUAAUUUAAGAUAUUUUAUUGUAGUUAUUUCGGAUAAUUUUGCAGCAGAAUGGACGAUGAAUAUUACGGCGGAGGCGGCGGAGGAGGAGCGGAUUGGGAGGGCCCCGAUGGCGGCAUGGAGGAUGGUUACGUUGAUGAUGGCAAAAUUCAGGAAGCGUGUCUUGAAAAAUUCUCCAGCAGAGACUACAUCAUGGAACCAGCAAUUUUUAACACUUUGAAAAUGUAUUUCCAGGCUGGUGGGUCUCCAGAACACGUCAUCCAGCUCCUCUCUGAAAACUACUCUGCUGUGGCUCAAACUGUGAAUCUUCUAGCUGAGUGGCUCAUUCAGAUGGGUGUGGAGCCGGCACAGGUGCAGGAGCGAGUCGAAAACCACUUGAAGAGUCUCCUUAUAAAACACUUUGACCCACAGAAAGCAGACUCCAUUUUCACAGUGGAGGGAGAGACCCCUGCGUGGCUGGAGCAGAUGAUUGCUCACACCACAUGGAGAGAUCUCUUUUACAAACUGGCAGAGGCUCAUCCAGACUGCCUCAUGCUCAACUUCACAGUCAAGUUGAUUUCAGACGCAGGGUACCAGGGCGAGAUCACGUCUGUGUCCACAGCCUGUCAGCAGCUGGAGGUGUUUUCUCGAGUGCUCCGGACGUCUCUGUCAACGUUGCUCGACGGAGGAGAGGAGAACCUCGAGAAGAACCUGCCCGAGUUUGCUAAAAUGGUGUGUCAUGGGGAGCACACGUACCUCUUUGCUCAGGCCAUGAUGUCGAUUCUGGCCCAGGAGGAGCAGGGCGGCUCGGCUGUGCGCAGGAUUGGCCAGGAGGUCCAGAAGUCUGCUCAUGAGAGAGGACACGAUGCCAGUCAGAUCACCUUGGCCCUGGGCACAGCGGCGGCGUAUCCUCGCGCCUGCCAGGCUCUGGGCGCCAUGUUGUCCAAAGGAGCUCUGAAUCCAGCCGACAUCACUGUGCUCUUCAAAAUGUUCAGCAGCAUGGACCCGCCUCCUGUCGAACUGAUCAGGGUUCCUGCCUUUUUGGACCUCUUCAUGCAGUCUCUGUUUAAACCCGGGUCAAAAAUCAACCAGGACCAUAAGCACAAAUACAUCCACAUUUUGGCUUACGCAGCCAGUGUCGUCGAAACAUGGAAGAAGAACAAGCGCGUGAACAUAAACAAAGAUGAGUUGAAGUCCACGUCCAAAGCCAUAGAGACGGUUCAUAAUUUGUGCUGUAAUGAAAACAAAGGAGCGACGGAGCUGGUGGCAGAGCUGGGCACUCUGUAUCAGUGCAUACGUUUCCCAGUUGUGGCGAUGGGCGUGUUGAAGUGGGUGGACUGGACUGUAUCAGAGCCGAGGUAUUUUCAGCUGCAGACGGAUCACACUCCAGUUCAUUUGGCUCUGCUCGACGAGAUCUGCACGUGUCACCAGCUGCUUCAUCCUCAGGUCCUUCAGCUCCUCAUUAAACUGUUUGAGACCGAACACUCACAACUCGACGUCAUGGAGCAGAUGGAGCUGAAGAAGACUCUCUUGGAUCGUAUGGUUCACCUCCUCAGUCGCGGUUACGUUCUUCCAGUCGUCGGCUACAUCAGGAAAUGCCUCGAGAAACUCAACACAGACAUCUCCCUCAUCAGAUACUUCGUCACAGAGGUUUUGGACGUUAUUGCUCCUCCUUACACCUCAGACUUCGUGCAGUUGUUUUUGCCAAUUCUGGAGAACGACAGCAUCGCAGGAACCAUCAGAGCCGAGGGCGAGCACGACCCCGUGGCAGAGUUUAUCGCUCACUGUAAAUCUAACUUCAUCAUGAUCAACUGAUAACAUCUUUGGAGAACAUUUACUUAAACCACAGACCAAAGACUUGGCUGGUCUAGACUCAAAACAAGAUCCGGUCUGGACUAGAGACUUGGAUCAAAUCUCAUCAGCUGAAUGGGGAAAUAUCCAGAGAGAAUUUCUGUCUGGUGCUGGAGGUUAUAGCUUGAUACUUAAGAGCAGCUAAGUGUGUUUACCACAUGUAUAUUUGAUUUUCUAUGUUAUAUAUUGAUUUAUAUUGUUUUAAUAAAUAUGAUAAUAUGGCCACACUGUAGAGACCCUGAGCCUUAGAGAGAAAAUCAGGUCCAUCGAGUUGCAUAAUGCAUUUUCUGAUUGAACGAAACAGCGGCUUAAGCAUGGAGGUUAACAGUGGUGGAACGUUACGAAGUAAAAGUAGUAAAGUACUGUACUUAAGUAAAGUACAGAUAUCUUAAAUUUAUACUUAAGUAGAUUUUAAAGUGGAUACUUUUUACUUUUACUUCACUACAUUUGAGAGCAGGUAUCUGUACUUUCUACUCUACUACAUUUUUGAACUGGACUGAAAAGCAAAAGUAUUUUUAUUAUUGUUUGAGAUCGGCUGAAAAGGGUGACGGUUUAUUUUUUAUCAAGGUCACAAUUUGAGCAAACAAAAAUAUACAAAUAAAAACGGCUAAAGAAAAAAAAAAACUAUAAUUUCUUAACAAAAUUCAGCACAAAUCUUUAUUUUGCAUAUAUUUUGAGGUCUUGUAAGGGUUCAAAUUUUAAUACUUUUACUUCAUCAUUUUUAAGCAGGUACUUUAAAAUGUUUACUUAAGUAGAUUUUUUUCAUGUGAUAUUUUUACUAGAGUAUUUUUUUGCUCCAGUAUUUGUACUUUUACUUAAGUAACAAAAUUGAGUACUUCUUCCACCACUGCUACAAAACAGCAUGGUCACAGGCAAACAAAGCGGUCAACGGAAAAAUGCAGCUCCCCAGUGUUUCCCCUCUUUCAGACAACAGGAAAACCGAUGCCUUUGAAACUACUUGCACCUUCACUUUUGCCCAUGUGACCCCCCCCAUGUCUCCCUUACGCAUUGCCAUAGCAACCAGUCACACGUUUUUAAAAGAUUGAACAAAGGCUGAAUGAUUUUUGGAUGUUAUUUUCUGACAAAUAUUGCAAUUAGAAAUGCAAAAUAAAUUGUGAUUUUUAAAACAUAAUUUAUUUGCAAUACAUAUUUUAAACAUGACCCAGUGCAAUAGCGUUUGAGGAAAUUGAAAUAUGAAAAUACAAGAACCACAUGUAUUUCAGAACAUAUUUGUAGACGUCUAAGGUUUUUAGACAGAAUAUUUUGUUUACUCAAAAAAUUAGAGUUUACACUUUGCUAAUGGAAACUUUAGUACAAUUUUCUUGGGAGCCAUCAUGCAACCCAAGUUUGAAAUAUAUAAAAUUCUUAUUUUUCUGCAUAUCUGUAACAAGAAAAAAAAACACUUGGGGAUAAAUCAAAGCAAUUCUUAUGUAUUAGCUAAAUAUAUGUCUAAAUACAAGAAUGAUCCAAAACAUUAUGACCAUAGUUUUGUGACAUUUUAGUUGAUACUUUGCAGUGACAUCACACUGGGGGUCUUCUACAUCUAUCUGUAUGGUGGAAUGUCCUGUUACAUUAGCAAACGCAGCUAAAAAGGUUUUAAGAUUAGUUUGAGCAUUCAUGGUCUUCUGGUGUUUGAUUUUCAACAAAAGUUUAGAGAUUAACUAAACAACUGUUGGCUAAUGCUAGCUAGCUUGUGACUGUAAUGUUAUUUGAGAAGGAUUUGUUUAAAGCAUAAAUCAACUCACCUGUUGUAGUUCAGCUAAAUCAGUUCUUUGUGGUCAGAUUGUGUUAAAACUAAAAUCAGAUUAAAGUCUUAACAAGUCUCAGAUAGAGCAGUGCUUACUGUUAGCAUUGCACCCCCAGGGAUGUUGAUAACAUCAGCUGCAAAGGAUCAGUAAACUAAGAGCAAGUUAACAUUUUGUCCUGAAGUUGAUCUGUUAGAAGCAGAGAAACUGGGUGAAAAUGUUUGCAGUGGACUGUAUCAAUCGGGUGCUUUAGUCCUGGUUAGUCUCUGGUUUGACCUGGUUGAGACCUGGUCCAGACCUUGGUUAGACUAACCAAGGUCUGGACCAGGCCUUGGUUAGUCCUGACCUAGUCCUGUUUUAUUCUGGGUCAGAUUUAGGGUAGCCCUCAAUAAGACCUGGUUUAGAGCAGCUUUUGUGGAUUAUCCCUGACCUGCAGUGGCCUGUAGCUAUCAAAAGUGGUUUAAGGAAUCUCAAAUCAAGUUAGUGCUGGUCCAACAUCCCAUUUUAUCAUUUUU